GCUGUAUGUGUCUCUUUGGACACACAAAGACUUUUGAUUGAAUUCCUAGAUUCAAGAAAUAGACUUCUCAUCCCUAUAUACCCAGCAAUUCUAAGUACUAGUCAACGCCAUGGCCUCCAAACCGUACACUGUAAGGUGGGGUAUCUUGGCAACUGGAGGGAUUGCCCAGACUUUCACAAGAGAUCUCCUCACAAAUCCUGCCGUGCGCAAUGUCCACGAUGUCCAACAUAUCGUCGCCGCAGCCGCCUCUUCCUCAUCCGCUUCACGAGCCUCCGCCUUCCUCAAGGAGGUCCAGGCACCUAGCACAGCCAAAGCCUACGGCUCUUAUGCUGAGCUCGUCAAGGACCCCGAUGUUGACGUUAUAUACGUUGCAACGCCUCACUCGCAUCACUUCCAAAACACCAUGCUUUGCCUGGAAGCGGGGAAACAUGUUCUGUGUGAGAAAGCCUUCACCGUGAACGCUGCGCAGGCAAAGAAGUUGGUUGAGACUGCAAAGGCCAAGAAUCUCUUCUUGAUGGAGGCCGUAUGGACGCGCUAUUUCCCAUUAAGUAUCAAGAUCAGGGAAUUGGUCACCUCUGGCGCAAUUGGCAAGGUGCAUCGGGUGUUUUCUGAUCUCUCCUUCGGGGAGGCAACCGAAGAUGGAGGCCUCACCUUCAGCGACGACCACAGAAUGGUGAACAAAGACCUUGCAGGUGGAGCCUUGCUGGAUCUAGGUAUCUAUUCUUUGACCUGGGUCUUCCAGAUCUUGUAUCACUGCCAGCCGACGCCGAGAGAAGCGCCCCGGGUCCUCGCGGCGAUGAACAAGUACAAGACAGAUGCAGAUGAGAUGACUAGCAUGAUUCUGCAGUGGAAGGAGAAUCAGAGUAUGGGUAUCGCGACGACUAAUAUGAGAGUUGCUACGCAGCCAGAUGGCAUGGGUUCUCAUACUUCGGGGCCCGCCGUCAGGAUUCAGGGGACGAAAGGGGAGAUUCAGGUAAUGGGACCCAUUUUCAGACCCACCCAUUUUAGAGUUAUCAAGGCUGGGCAGAGAGGAGAGGUGGAGGAAGUGCCUUGUCCUAUCCCGCGGGACACGGAGCGACAAGGAGAGAAAGGACAUGAGACUGAGGGCUGGGGUCACGGCAUGUUUUGGGAGGCGGACGAGGUGGCGAGAUGUUUGAGGGAUGGGAAGCUCCAAAGCGAGACGUUGGGUUGGGAUGAGAGUAUCUUAAUCAUGGAGACGAUGGAUGAGGUCAGGAAGCAGGGUGAUUUGACAUAUCCUGAGUUGAUCGAGACAACAGUCUAUGACCCAAAGAGUCCUUUGAAUGGAAAGGCAUAAGUUAGAAACUUAUAUAUAAAAUCAAAUACCAGCCUGAAGAUCACUGGUAGCUGUUGAGAAAUGGCAAAUUAUAGACUCUAUUCUUUCUCUC